CCCAUAAAACUAAACUUCAAGUCAUUUGUUCUAGAAACAAAAAAAAAAUAUGAAAUUAACAUUAACACCAUCGAAAAAAUCGAAUUCAUCAACAACUGCAGAUGUUGAUUCAUCUUCAACAUCAGAUUAUGAUGUUCGUAUACGUGAAGGUAUAUCUUAUCAAGCUGAUAUUCCACCAUUUGAUCCAACACCAUUAUCAACUGAUCAUGAAUCAAUUCUAUUUUGGCGACCAACAACUAUAAUUAAUGAUAAUGAACUCAUCGAUUUUAUUGAUUUUGCACGUCGUAAACAUCGUAUGAAUGAAGAACAAGCAUUAGCAAUUUUACAAAUAUGUAAAUAUAAAAUUUCCACAAGUAAAAUACUUAUGCAACAGUAUACACCUGAGAUUGAUGAAUGGACAGUUGAAGAAAAAUGUUUAUUUGAACAAGCGUAUAAAUUUUAUGGUAAAAUGUUUUCACGUAUAAGACAAAUGUUACCUGAUAAGAGUGUUGGUGAUCUUGUUCGUUAUUAUUAUUCAUGGAAAAAAACACGUUUACAUAAAAGUUUAAUGGAUAAACAUGAAAAACAAAGUCAGCUAAUGCCUAAUGAAGAUGCAAGUGAUGAUGAAGAUAAUGAUAUUCCUUCGAUAGCAUUACCAACAAAAGAUUUAGAUCAUCGUGCAAAACCAACAAUAGAUCAAUCAGGUGUUGAUGAACAAGAAUGUUGUAAUUGUGAAGUAAUGAAUAUUAAUGAUAGUAUUGGACCAAUGCAUUCUACUCCCAAAGGUGUUCUUUGUGAUGCAUGUUUUAAAUAUUGGCAAAGUUCAAAUUUAAUGAGACCUGAAUUAUAUCCAAGUAAAUCAUCAUUUAGAAAAAUAAAACGACCACCUAAAAAUAUGGCACUUGAUUUGGAUAGUGUCAUUGCUAUGAAUUCUUAUGAUAAUAGUUCAAUAUCGAAUACAGAUAAUAAUGAUAUUAUUGAUCCUAUUGAUAAACUUGAAGAAGAUAUACGUUCGGAAUUAGCAGUUAUUCAAGCACAUAAUCAAGCUAUUGGUCUACUAAUAAAUCAAUCUCGUAAUGAAAUGGAAACAAUGUCAAUACCAUUUUUAACAUCAUCAUCAUCACCAUUUAUGAUUACGAAUUCAAAUUCAACUACAGCAACACCAACAUCAACAUGGUCAACAGAAGAAAUACUUCUUGCUAUACAAGCAUUUGGAAAAUAUGGUAAAGAUUUUGAUGCUGUUGCACGUAUUGUUGGUUCAACAAAAACAGUUGCUGAUGU